UAUAAAGUGAAACAGUGGGCCUCUCGCAUCCCAAGUUAGUGCCAGACCUGUCAUUUUCUCAUAUUGUUUUCAUUGAAUCUGUGUAAAUAUGGCACUUUGGAAGGUAAUUAUUAUCGCGAUUUGUGUGUCUGUUCAUGUCCAUUCACGUGAAGUUGAUUUACCGGAGGCUGUCAAGACGUGCAAGAAGGAUUCUGAUGAUUACGCUUCAUGCUUGAGGCUUGCCAUUCAGGAAUCCUGGCCAAUUUUCGUUAACGGCAUUCCUGAGCUCAAUGUGCCCCAGUUGGAUCCCUUCGUGGUGGACGUAUCCAAUAACAAUUUCGCGGUUGGUGAAGUGACUGGAAGAAUAUCAGUGAGAAACUCGAAAUCGUAUGGUCUAGCAAAAGCUCGUUUCUUGUCGUUGAGGCCCUACCACGAGGACGAUCACUUCCGCCUCGACAUUGACUAUGAGAUACCCAAGGUCCUCAUCGAGGGUGACUACAAGGCGGAGGGUACCAUCGGGGCCUUCCGAAUUGGUGGAAAAGGACAAUUCAACGUCAGCAUGACAGACGUCAGGUGCAUGCUCGUACUUGAAGGGCCAGUAAUUAGUGACAGAUGGGUAGUGGAGAGGCUCAGCCUCACGCCAGAGGUCGGAGACAUGAAAAUUUGGGCCUCUGAUUUGUUCAAUGGAAAUCAGCAGCUCACGAGAUCAGCUCUUAGUUUCGCAAAUGAAUACUGGGAGAUCCUCUACCGUGGAAUGCUGCCAUUUGCAGCAAAAACCUGGAAUGCUAGUCUUAAAGAUCUCGUCAACGGAAUCUUCGCCAAUCUGGCAUUCUCGAAGACCUUCCCUUGAGCCAAAAGGAGCAUUUACUUACCAAUUUAUUCUAUUUCUCCUUGAAAUAAUUCGGCAGAAUAGUGGCAAUGAACAACCUAAAUAGGGCAUUUAUCUCAAAUGUGCAAUCAUCUCAAUAACAAGUGGUUUCAGGAAAAAUGUGCGAAUGACAAAAUGUCUUUCAACAUUUUCACCUCAAUCCACUCUUCACUGCUGGAUAAUUCACCAAUUGAUGACUCGAUAUGCCUUUUCACUAUUUUACUACUGAAUUGUAUUUGCUCAAAAGUGAGUUUCCUUCGAUUGCGAAUUCACCAUUCACAAUUCCUGGCAAUCGUAAUUAAAUCUUUUGUAAUAUUGAGUUGAAGUUUAGAAAUCUUGGUAAUUCAGCUACUGAAGACCGAAGAAACUAUUAAAGAAGAGAAAAAUAUACGAAUAAAGACAAAAAAUGACGGGUUAAGGCGUCAACUCUGCCAUCAUUUAGAAAGUCCCGAGUGGAAAGUUCCAUUCACUGCGAAAUGUUUUCCAACAUUUCAAUUCAUAAUUCAAUUUUUGCACAAGACGAAUGAAUUAAUGAAAAUAAAUUUUAAAAACACCUGUAAAAGUCAA